AUGUCCGUUAGAGCCCAGCCCAUGGAUCAUGGCAGGGAUUGGCAGGAAAGGGAUAUUUUGGUACCAGGUGCCUGGAGAUUGCGCAUACGCAGCGUGGCCCAGCCGGGCAUAUUGAGUUUUACAACGUACGGGAGCAAUCACGACGAGAAGCGGCUCCGCUACUCCCACCAGUAUCACAUCUCGGACACAGCCAGUCAGGUGCACAUCCUCCACCGAGAGCAGCGGCAUGGCGACCAUGUCACUGGCUCCUACUCCCACCUAGAGCCCGAUGGCCAUAUUCGCAGCGUGCACUACGAGGUGCGGGGACCUGGCCGGGGAUUCAAGGCUGUCGUAGAGCAGCGAACCAGGAACAGCAGAGUGCACCAGAAGCUGGAAUUCCGGAGCAGGCAGCCACAGCCACUCCGGGCUCUGGCCCUGGCUGAGCCAGUGGCAUUUGUGAUUUAA